AUGAAGGUUCUCUAUGAGAUACAUGAAGGCGAGUGCGGAAACCACACAGAUGGGCAAUCAACUGCUAAGAAAGCCAUGAGGCAGAGGUAUUACUGGCCCACUAUGGAAAAGGAGCCAACGACUUCGAAAGAAGGAGGAUUGUUCAAGGAUUACUGUAAGGAGAAUGGCAUAAGGUGGAGUUUCUCUGCCGUUGUACACCCACAAGUCAAUGGGCAAGUGGAGGCCAUCAACAAGGUCCUCAAGAAGAACCUAAAAACAAAGUUAGAGAGGUUGAAGGGUGCUUGGGUCGAUGAGCUACCCAAUGUACUUUGGGCCUACAGAACCACACCACGUUCAACCACCCAUUUUGCCUUGGUGUAUGGAUGCAAGGCUGUUCUCCCAGUGGGGAUGAAGAUCAGUUCUUUCAGGGUACAAGUGUACAAGGACCAGGCUAGCCAUAUGGAAAUGGCUGAAAAUUUAGACCUAUUAGAAGAAAGAAGAGAUAGGGCACAACUGAGAUUAUCAACAUACCAACAGUGA